UCAGCUGAAUCUCCCUGAACGCCGGUCUGUAUGAAAAGUAGCCAAGCCGUACGGCCGUACGCGCGUUCUGGCUCGGUUCAUUCGGGCAACGUUGGGUUCGGAGUUUCGGCAGUUUCGGUUUGAAUUGUGGGUUCACAAGUUUUGCGUGUUUUGUAUGUGCGUGGUGCCGCGUGCAGCAAGCACACACGUAAACACUGAACCAUAUGACUGAACGACUGAACAUUUGAAUCUUUUGUUUCGCCUUGCGUCUAGCCAGCGGCGGAAGCACGUCGUGCCGAAAACUGGCUCGUGUUUGAUGUGUUCGAUGUUCAGAACAGUUCGGAUUCCGACAAAUCUGCUCCCACUCCGCCGCCGCUCGACAGUUGUCCUCGAGGCUGUUUGUGCACCCAAAUACCAACUGCCGGCGCCGUCGUUCUCGGUAUUCAGUUACGUGAGGCGGUCUUUUUGUUCAGCAAUCUCGGUGAAUUACCUUCGGCAAAGCGAACGGCGACCAUGGAGCCCAACAAGACCACAGCACCGGGCAUCCUGAGGGCUUGGGACUACGACCUCGAGCCUAAAGAGCUGCUGGCCCGGGCGACACGUCUAAUCGAAGACUGUAGAGCCUUGUGCGACAAGAUCGGCGCUCUCGAGGGUGACCAAAUCGCUUUUGACGACGUGCUGGGUGAGCUUGCAGAGGUUCAGCGACUUCCCACGAAUGAGAAGCUCUACUUGGAGCUUGCGAUGUACGUUUCAACAAACAAGGAACUGCGCGACGCUAGCUCGGAAGCCUCCCGUAUGCUGGACGAGUUUGAAGUCGAAUGCGGGAUGCGGCUCGACAUCUUUGAAAAGCUGCAAGCCCUGGAGAAAAUGGACACCAGCUCUCUCUCGGCCGAGAUGAAGCGCUUCCUUGAGAAAUUGAUCAAGCUUCGUAAACGAGACGGACUGCACCUGAGCCCCGAGGUACAGAAGCAGGUGAAGGACCUCAAGAACGAGAUCAACGAGGUCUCCUUGAAAUUCUCCAAGGCCAUAAAUGAGGAGAACGCUGUCCUGGAGUUCACGGAAGAGGAGCUGAGGGGCCUGCCCGAGGAGUUUGUCAAGAAUCUAGACAUGGCCGAUUCCGGAAAGCGGCGGGUUACGCUGAAAUACCCGCACGCCAUACCGAUCAUGAAGUUUGCCAUCAGUGCCGAAACGCGCGGGAGAGUCAACUUCGCUUUUGACAACAGGUACGAGAUACGGAACACCUUUUGGGGUGUUGCUUCGGGGAAAUUUGACGACUUGAAACACAUUUUUACUUUUCCAAGAAGCAAAUGGGAUCUGUCGUCCUUGUGCUUGCGUGGGCAAUAA